AUGCUGGAACUGAAAUACAUCUUAGAUGUCUACUGGGACAGAAACUGCGGUCACGACUACGGCUCUCGCUACCACUACGACAACAAAAUCCACUACGACCACCGCAACACACAACUGCUCAAUCGCAAUAACGGCAUCUACCGGCCCGAAACGACACGUCUGAUAGCUAAGAAGGUCUGGCAUACACAGCACAGUGUCGAGGACAGAGUUCGCGACUUGAAGAAGCUUGAUCUCCUGCUCAAAUAA